UCAAACGUCAGGCUUUGUUUUGACUUUUGACAAUUGAAUUUCGGAAAUGAUUUUAUAAGAAAAGUAAAUUAAAAUAGAAUUUAGACAAAUUUGAUAUGGAAAAGGAAACAGACAUCGAGUCAAAAUAUCAAAGACUUGCGGCUGAAUAUUCUAAGAUACGAUCUCAAGCAACCGUUCUCAAAAAAGCGGUCUUAGAUGAACAAGCGAAGACCGCAGGGCUUCAAGAUCAAGUCAGAAAUCACGAACAAACGGUCAGGAAGCGGGAUCAAGAAAUCGAAAGCCUUACUUUCCGAAAUGAUCAGCUGACAAAGAGAAUUGUGGUGCUUCAGCAAGAGCUGCAAACUAGUAAUAGUAGCAAGAAAAAUAAGAACAAAACCACCGAGAGUAUACCCAACGUUGAUAUCAGCGUAUUAAAUGACGAAUUACAAAAGAAAAUUCUCGAAAAUGCUCAAUUAUUCAAUUCGAUAGCUGAGAAAGAUUCUGAAAUCUUAGAAUGUAGAGAAAAACUAAAGAAUUUAGAUGAAUUAAUCACAAAUCUCCAAACUGAAUUAACUAAUAAAGAAAAAGUGCAUAACCAAGACGAAGAAAAGUAUAGAAAACAAUUGCAGGAGUUAGAAAAAAAUGUUAGGAAACUAUCUCUUCAUAAUGCUGAAAACAAAAGGUCUUCAGAUAGUUCUGAGGAGAGUGCUAAACACUGGCAGAGCGAGGCAGAAAGGUGGAAAGCAGAAUGUGAUUUAUUAAAAUCAAAGCCCCAAUCAAGUGACAAACUCACAAACUUCUUUGAGUCCCAGAUAAGUGAAAUUUUAGAAUCAAAUGCUCUUCUCAAAUCUGAAACCCAAACAGUAUGGGCAGAAAACCUAGCAUUAACAGCUAGGUUAGAAAAUGUAACCCUUGAACACAAAAAGCUCAAAAGUAGCUUAGAACUUAGUUACGAGGAGUUGAUGACUACAAAUAACAAUUACAAAACUCAAUUGGAUGCUAUGACUGAACACUUAGCAGCCCAAAAUGAGAAAAUUACCAAACAGUGUGAUGAGAUUCAGUUUUUGAAACAUAAAUUGUCGUCAAAAAAAUAGAUGUAACUGUUUUAAAUCAAUUAGGGCUGUGAUACAAAAACAAAGAAAAUGUUUUUAGUAGUACCGGUCAACACGAAUUUUGAUGCGAGAGAAUUUGUCUGUUUUCUAUAAAUUUAGAAUUACUGAAUCCAAAAACAAUCAUCAAAAUUGCUCCAUAACAUUGUCUACAUAACUCGGCUGUUUUUUUCUUGCAUCAAAACAAAAACAAUGUUUGGCUGUGUAAUAGAUAUCACCAAAAUAGGUUAGUGAGGAAUCCAAUCAAGCCCAAAAGACCCAAGGUCAAAAAUACAACAAUUUUAUAGCAACUACUACAAUAUUGUAUACAAAUAAGAAACAUUCAAUAUGCUCAGUAUACAGGGUGUUUCAUUGGGAAACGGAAAUACUUUAAUGGUGAAUAGAGGUCACCGAGGCCGUUCUAGGUAUACUAAAUUUUUUGCCCUACCGACUUUUAUAUCCCAGUUACAGGGUGUUUUAUCGAUUUUACUCAUUUAUUUCUAAAGCCAUAACUUUAGAACUACCCUGUAUAUUUGUUUAAUAUUCGGUAAACACAUGUCUCAUUCAAAACCCAAACGACCGACAUACUAAUCACAAGAAAAAUCCAGGUCCGGAUUAACAAAAAAUUAUAAAGUAAUUGUGACCUUAAAACAACACCCUGUAUUAUAUUGAAAUUUUGAAAAUCUGUUUGCAUAUUUAAAAAGACCACAAAAAACUCAGUCUAAUGGUUCGCUUCGAUUUUUCGGCCAGAUAAUUUUUUGACUUUAAUUUUGAAAUUAUAUUGAAUUUUUUAAGAACUCAAAAUUAUUAUUAACUUGUAAUUAUAAAUUAUUAAAGCUAUUGAAUAAAUACUCAUUUUAAAAUGAAUCAUUACUUAUUUACCACAUUGGAAAGACCCAAUUAUUAAUCGCAAGAAAACUCCAGGUCCGAAUUAACAAAAAAACAAAAUAAUUGUGACCUUGAAACGACACCCUGUAUAUUGUUAUUUUUUAAAAUUUUUUUGCACAUUUGAAAAGACCACAAAAAUCCGAGUUUAUCGGUUCACUUUGAUUUUUUGUGCAAACAUUUAUUAACUUUACUUUUCAAAUUAAAUAUAUUCAAAUUUUUAAGAACCCUGAAAUUAAUAAGCAGGUUUUUAAAGCACUUUUAAUAAUAAAUCAUUCAAGUUAAUGAAUAAAUACUAAUUUUAAAAAUAAUCAGUUAUUAUUUACUGCGUUAGAAGGACUCACUUAUUAAUCACAAGAAAAAUCCAGGUCCGUAUUAACAACAAAAUACGAAGUAAUUGUGACCUUGAAAAAACACCCUGUAUAUUGAAAUUUUUAAAAACGUUUGCACACCUGAAGAGAGGACGAAAAACUAAGUUUAAUGUCCCGCUUUAAUUUUUUUGCAGACAAUUUAAUGACAUUACUUUUUAAAUCAUAUCGAAAUUUUUAUUAUGAGUUCCCAGAGUUCUUAAAAAUUUCGACAUAAGUUCAAAAUCAAAUUUAUUAAAUUGUCUGGCCAAAAAAUUGAAGCGAACGAUUAAACUUAGUUUUUUGUGUUCUUUUCAUACCUAUGUGCAAACGGAUUUUGAAAAUUUCAAUAUAGAGGGUGUUGUUUCAAGGUUACAAUUACUUUAUAUUGUUUUGUUAAUCCGGACCUGGAUUUUUGUUGUGAUUUGUAAGUGGGUCGUUCGAAGGUCGUAAAUAAGUAUUGAUUAUUUUUAAAAUGGGUAUUUAUUUAAUAACUAUAAUAAUUUAUUGUUAAAAGUGCUUUAAAAAUUUGCUUUUUAAUUUCAGUGUUCUUAAAAGUAUCAAUAUAUUUAAUUUCAAAAUUAAAGUUAUUAAAUUUCAUUCACAAAAAAUUAAAGCAAACCGAUAAACUCAGAUUUUUGUGGUAUUUUCAAAUGUGCAAACAAAUUUUGAAAAUUUCAAUAUACAGGGUGUUGUUUUAAGAUCACAAUUACUUUAUGUUUUUUUGUUAAUCAGGACCUGGAUUCUUCUUGUGAUUAAUAAUUGGGUCGUUUCAAUGUGGUAAAAAUAAGUAUUGAUUAAUUUUAAAAUGAGUAUUUAUUCAAUAGCUUUAAUAAUUUAUAAUUAAAAGUUAGUAAUACCUGCUUUUUAAUGUCAGAGUUCUUUAAAAAUUUAAUAUAAUUUCAAAAUUAAAGUCAUAAAAUUGUCUGGCCGAAAAAUUGAAGCGAACGAUCAGACUUAGUUUUUUGUGCUCUUUUCAAAUUAUAUGCAAACAGAUUUUUAGAAUUUCAAUAUACAGGGUGUUGUUUUAAGGUCACAAUUACUUUAUAAUUUUUUGUUAAUCCGGACCUGGAUUUUUCUUGUGAUUAGUAUGUCAGUCGUUUGGCUUGGAUGAGACACAUAUGUACCGGAUAUAAAAAAAUAUACAGGUUGGUUCUAAAGUUAUGGCUUAGGAAAGAAAUUGGCAAAAUCGAUAAAACAUCCUGUAACUCUGUUAUAAAAGUCGGUAGGGCAAAAAAUGUAGUAUACCUAGAACCGCCUCGGUUAUCUCUAUUCACAAUUAAAGUAUUUCCGUUUCCCUAUGAAACACGCUGUAUAAAUGACAAAAGGGCUUGUUUCAUUAUUUUCAGUUAAAUUUUAUUGAAAAAAGUUACUUUUAUCAUUGAUAAUGUUCAUACACUAGUUCUUAAUUAUCGCUUAUGAAAAUUACAUUGGGCAAACACAGAAGCGAGUAAAAAAAUGUCAAAAUAGUGAAUUUGAAUCAAUUCUUGCUGAAUCUUUUUAACCCUUUCAGAUCCGCUUCAAUAUUUCCAACCACAGCACCUGUCGGCAGAAAUAAUUUCUUUUGAAUACUUAUGUAACAUGGAUGCGCUUACGCGUCCAUGGCACUAAUCUAUUGUCAUAUAUGGACGCGUCAUAUGUCAUAAAUGGAGCAGAAAGGGUUAAACAGCUAUACCAGAAUCGUUCUUAUCAUCAAAUUUUAGUAUUUGCUAUGAAAAGAAAUAUCAUUUUUCACAUUUCUGCAUCAGGGAAUGUCGAAACAUAUUUUGCGUUUUCUUAAUAGAAAUUGCUUAAUCUUUUUAAAUAACUAUAUUUUAACCAUGAAAUCUCUUUAUAUUUAUUGUUUCACUUGAGUAUAAGUCAAAGCAAUAUAUUACUAUUCAAGAAAAAUAUUUUUUAAGAAAAGAAAUGCGAUAUGCAAAAGAUUUGUAUCUCAAUAUCAUUCCUUUGUAUGUAUUUAUACAUUGUAUUAAAAUAUUAUAUACGUAAAUUUUAUUCGAAAAAUAUUUAUAUUUUAAGUCA